AUGGCUAUCCUCCAUCUUACUAUCUUCGUCCUCUUCAUCAACCUCCUCGUCGUUGGAGAACUGACGAACCACACCAUCGAUGAUACACUUGGAGACCAGCUCACCGGGUUUCAAGUUGAUUAUAGUCCCGCUUCGAACGCUGGUGCUCCCGUUUGGAAGAACACAUCUCAAUGUAAUAAUUGCGCUAUCGUUCCUAGUCCGUCGCUCGCUAUGUACAACACAUGGACUAGCGCGACGUAUUACGCAGCUCUCGGGAAUGUAACGGCCCAGAUGAUCUUUCAUGGUUCUGCAAUAUACAUCUACCUGAUUCUUUCCAAUUAUCCAAAGAGUACAGGGCUUGUCAGUGAUGUCCUCUGCGAUUUCAGGAUCGAUGGAGAGGUUGCGGGGAACUUCAGGCAUGAUACGGAUGGCACGUAUCAGUUCGAAUACGAUGUCCUGGCGUACGGCAAUGUAUCAUUGGUCGAUGACGAUCAUACGUUCUUGAUAGAGAUUUCGGGGCUGGAGCCAUCAUAUGUCAUUUUCGAUUAUGCCGUGUAUACGAACACGCAGGUAUCCAUAACAUUUCCGGCGGCGGAGUCCUCAACAUCCACUACUGCGCGAAACCCAGCUACCACGAGUUUGUUUGUAUCGACAGUCGGACCUUCCCCUUCAUUCCCUGCAUCCUCAUCUUUCAGACAACCUUUCAAAGGCGCCAUUGCUGGAAUAACAGUGGGAGUCUCGGUGUUCAUCGCCUUGAUCGCAUCAUCCUUCCUAUACUUUCGCCGGCGACAUCAAAAUUCAUCACCACCGGCGAAGUGA